GUAGAGAUUAUCAAUCAAACUCAGAAAUUAGAGUAUUGGGUUUUUGUUUCAGAUUCUCUUUACUAAACUAACAAGCAUGUUCUCUUCAACCAUGUCAAAUUCGACUUCUUUGUCUGAGGAAGCCAGUGUUUCUUCUGGUACUAGAUUUCAGGAAUUGAGUAGUUUGAAUCCCAUGUUCUCAGCGGUUUCUCCUCAGCAGCAACAGAAGAUCAAGAAGAAGAGAAAUCUUCCUGGUAACCCAGACCCAGAUGCUGAAGUUAUUGCCUUAUCCCCAAAGACUCUAAUGGCCACCAACAGAUUUGUAUGUGAGAUCUGCAAUAAGGGUUUCCAAAGGGAUCAAAACCUUCAGCUUCACAGAAGAGGUCAUAACCUUCCAUGGAAGCUGCGACAGAGAAACAGUAAAGAGAUAAUUAGAAAGAGAGUUUAUGUCUGCCCAGAAUCAUCAUGUGUUCAUCACCACCCUUCAAGGGCUCUUGGUGAUCUUACAGGAAUCAAAAAGCACUUCUGUAGAAAGCAUGGGGAGAAGAAAUGGAAGUGUGAGAAGUGCUCAAAGAGAUAUGCAGUUCAAUCAGAUUGGAAGGCUCAUUCGAAAACCUGUGGAACAAGAGAAUAUAGGUGUGACUGUGGAACAAUUUUCUCCAGGAAGGACAGUUUCAUUACUCACAGAGCCUUCUGUGAUGCCUUGGCUGAAGAGAGUGCAAGACUGUCUACCAAUCCUUUGACUGAAACAACAGACCCUAGGGUCAGGGACCACUCUACUCUUCAUCUCCACCCUCAAAACCCUACUACAACUACAAACCCUCCUCCUCUCUUCAUUCCCUUCUCAACCUCAACCCAACAAAGGCAUAGUCAUCAGCAGCAGCAGCAGCAGCAGCUGACCAAUCAUCCUCCUCCCACAAGCAUCUCCCUCACUUCAUGGGACCCACCUCAUCAAAUCAAGUAUGAAUACCAUCACCCCAAUCACCAUCAUCAUCAGAUCCCAAGCAUCUCAGUUUCUCCUUUCUUACAAGAAGAACCACUACAGGCACCAGCAGCAGCCCACAAACCGUUGAUGGUCACGUCACCCUUUCAGCAGCUGAGUGUGAGCCCCACCCAUACUACUAACAAUACUGCUCAUAUGUCAGCCACUGCACUCCUUCAAAAGGCUGCAAAUGUUGGUGCAGCGGCCAUUACAGGCGCUGCACAAGCUCAAUCAGUGGGUCACAUGGGGAUAGACCAAUUAUCGGUUGAUGAAGAUGAACGACUUCGGUUCAACAGUUGGUGGUCAUCACAUGGGUACAGCCGGAAUCUCGCCGGAAUAUGUGGGAUUUUCGUCAGGAAAUCUUGCAACGUGGCAGAAAACUGACCGUCUGACUAGAGACUUUCUUGGUCUGGCUGGAGAGUGCGGUAGUGGUGGUGGUGGAGAAGGUGGUGGCGCCGGCGAUG